CCUUCUCCCAGGUCCUCAGGCCAUCGUUCUUCUGGAAGUAUGCCUGGUAUUUAGGAACGUGGUUUUCGCGGAAGACCCAGCUGGGGGCUGUCAGUACAGGGUAUGACUGGGUGUGGACAGCGGGCCAGCCAGGCGUCAAUUGGCUCGGACAUCGUGUCGCGCAGCUGCAGAGAGGACUUACCCUGCCAUUGUGAAGAGUGGAGAGUUAUACGUGCGGUGUCGCGGGGGCAAUCGGUGGUUUGGUGCGGUGUCGGUCAAAGUGAGGUUGCGUCGAAUGAUCCAGCAGACGAUGUCAGUCUUGGCAGGGCUAGCCGCAUCGGGCCCGCAACUUCUGGACGUCCUGAACGCGAAGAGGAAACCACACACGCUCCGUUGGUCCAUGGGUUCCCUCCACGCUCCUUUACCUCGAAGUUGAUGCCACCGGCCUUGGACAGGCUCCUCGCCAGCCCCUCGGCCCUAAAACUGCUGCGAUCGAUCGUCACCGCCCCGGAGCUGCCCGCAUGCCACACGACCAUCCAAUGCUGUGCAGCUAAGAGCAUUGCAGCUAAGAGCCGGACAUACGCGAAGAGCCAUGGAGUGUCAACAAAUCGCAAAUGGAAGCGAUGGAACGAGCAAAAGGCUAUCGUCAGCGAGCGUGAGACCGUCCUCAAGGCUUUGCUCGGCGAUGAUGUCCCUGCGGAGAUCGACUCAACACCAGCACAACCUCCAGAACAAUUCGGGCUUCUGAGAGAUGACGACAAGCUCGUCGAGAGCCAAGACGAGAAACCCCUCCAAGAAUUCGGCUUUCCAAGAGAUGACGAGGAGCAUUCGGCCGAGGGCCAAGACGAGACAUGGGCCGCCAAACUCGCCCACCACGAGCGCCUCGAUGGCCUGCGAGGCGUACAAGCGGUAUGGAACGCCCGCCGCAAGGAAGGUUACCGCCUUCCAGUCGAAAACAGCGCCCAUGCUCAGUCUCUGUGGGGGACCUUCGCGCGACACCCACAGCUCGUGCAGGCUGUUAUCGAACAUGCGGCCGAGCUGCAGCAGGAGAAGGGCGAGACGUACCCGCGUGUGUACAGCCUGAUCAUGGGCUACUGGCUUGUGCGCAAGCCAACAGACGCGCUGGAGUAUCACCAUCAGAUGCUAGUCAAGCUGCGACCGAGGACGCUUCCACUGCGGGAGCUGGCACGCUCAACGCGGAACUAUGGGCAUACGGCGCUGGAAGCACUGCUGUACAUCUACCGCAAUAGCAACGAGCGUGACCUAUACGGAGAGAUUGUGCCUCGUCUCAUUGACUGUGGGAACAUCAAGAUGGCACGUCGGUGGCACAACCUCUGCACGUUUCGAGAUGACCUUCCCUCCGAGUCGCUCGCCGCCCACCCCGUCAUUCAGAUCUUCACCGCCGAAUCGUCUGCCCUCUCAAAUCCGAACGUCCGCUUCGACAAGACUAAGCGCGAGAAUCCAAACCUCAACAAAGACCUCAUGCGACGGCUGCUCGGGCGCGAUACCGCACCUGUGCGCUUCGAAGACUCCUUUACGGCGCGCAUGUUUGCGACUAGGACCGUCCAGACCGAGUCCAUUAUCAAGGGAUUGGCCAUGGUGGGCGUAAACGAAAUCGGUCCCCAGGCAGUCUCUGCCCUGGCCUGGCGGACGCAGCCAAUCACGGACCUUCCUCGACGGUUCGGAGAGCUUCGAGCUGCGGGCAUUGCACUGCAGGGCUCGGUUUUCUCCCUUGCGCUGGAGAAGUUUGCAAUGGAGCGGAAGUGGGACCUUGUGCAUAGCAUACUGGAGAGCGACCAGCAUCCAGACGUCUACGGAGACGCAGACACACAGCGCUCGCUUUUGACCUACUACCUCGAGCAGAAAGACCUGAAACAGGCUCAGCGCACACUCGCCAUCCUUACACUCUUCCACAACGACGCAAGCCGCGAGUCCUGGAACCUGCUUUUGCAGCUGCGCAUCGGACGAUCUACACCACGGGACGUCUUCAAUACCCUCCUCGAGAUGCGCAGCCACGGAUUAACGGUGUCAAGUGUUACCAUGGCGUCUGUCAGAGACAUGUUGUCACGACGGCAGCGCGGCCACCGCCCUUCAUCUCGUCGUGGCUUCGACGACCUACGCUUCGUCACGCGCUUCUACAUCGCUGCCCUGGAAACCGGUAUGGCACGCGUCCCUCCUGAAGCUUGGCACGAGAUAAUACGGCGCUUCGGCAUGCAGAGCCGCUUCCGUGAGCUCAAACGCCUGCUCCUGUGGCUACUGAGCUGGUACGCACCGCAGCACAGCUCCGAGUUCGCAGACCUCCCGCGGAGCACCUUCUUCGACGAUGCUACGAACAAGCUGCGCCGCUCGUAUCCGAUCAACCGACACUAUUACAACUUCCCCGCCGAUGUGACCCAGGAGCAGGAUGAGCGCCAUCCAGUCCGCGCCCUCUUCCCACCCUCGUUCCAACAAGGCAUCCUCGUAUGGGGGUUUCGCGCCAGUCUCCUCCGCGCUGCGCCGCUUGAGCAAUCUAUUCUCGGUUCCAUCGCAGCAAAACGGCAUCACAGACGCAACCUCCUCCGCAAAGGCAUCCUCAAACGCCUGAACUGGAACGUCGGCCUCAAACUACUCGUGCAGCUACGAGACCUGAACGUGCACAUCCACCCUCACACCGUCACCAAAGCUUUACAAGCACAGUUCAUCAACCUCUUCGGCCACGGCCACUCACGCAUCAAAGCAAACCGCAUCAUGGAGCAGUCUAAUACUACACCGUACGCGGAGUAUGUAAGAGAAGUUAAUAGGGUGUGGGGUAGUCCGCUGCUUACGGAGCCGCAUAAGCUUGGGUUUGGAAAGCUGGAUGGGCACUUGUGGCAUCCGAGGUUGAGGAGGAGGGCGGAUAGGAAGAAGGAGGUUAGCCUUAAGCAGGCCAUGGGUGAGCAGUGGGGGUAUGGGAGGAAGAUCGUGAAGAAGGAGCAUGGGCAUGGGGACGGUGAUGCGCUUGAGGAGUUGGCAGAGGUAGUUGAUGCGCAUGCGAAGGGGAAGAAGGGGUGAGAGUUGUAUGAUAUGGUGUUAUAUUAUGUUUUCGAGAGCGAGCGCAGCGAUACCCUGCAAUGUACGAA